AUGAGGACUGCCAGACGGGCAAGUAAUGUGGAGGUGCCCUCCUUCCUCCGGCAGCUGGUUAAAGAGACGGAGAAGAUGGUGACCUUCUUCUUCAAAGGGGGGCCCAGGGAAAAAGAAACUGCGGAGGACGAUUUGGACGAGGACGACUCCAUGCCUAGCCCUUACCUUGACCGUCCUAUCUUGGAAAAGCAAGUGGCAGAGGGGGGGUCCCAGUUUGGGGUUAACUAUGCUACGGCUAGCAUGCAGGGCUGGAGGGCGCAGAUGGAGGAUGCCCACUCCUGCAUGCCCCAGCUGAGGGCACAGCUGGCAGAGUGGAGCUACUUUGCUGUAUUUGAUGGACAUGCGGGCUCCACAGUGGCUCAAUACUGCUCCAGAAAUCUGCUCAAUCACAUCCUGGCUACAGGUUGUGUCAAAGCAGAGGAAGACCCGGAGCAGGUGAAGGAGGGGAUUCGCGAGGGGUUCCUCGCCAUUGACAGCCACAUGCACAAGCUAGCUCGACAGGACAACUGGGACCGCAGUGGUUCCACUGCAGCAGCUGUCUUGAUUUCACCACACCACGUUUACUUCAUCAACUGUGGAGACUCGCGCACACUACUCUGCCGUAAUGGCCAGGUGGUCUUCUACACUGAGGACCACAAGCCUUUCAACCCCCGAGAGAAAGAACGCAUUCAGAAUGCCGGGGGCUCGGUAACCCUGCAGAGAGUCAACGGCUCUCUGGCCGUCUCCAGAGCCUUGGGAGACUUUGACUUCAAGGAGGUGGAGUGGAGGCCGCAGACAGAGCAGCUGGUGUCACCAGAGCCGGAGGUGUACGAGCUAGAGAGGACAGUUGGGGAUGAGUUCCUUAUCUUGGCGUGUGACGGCGUGUGGGAUGCUAUUGGUAACGAAGAACUAUGUUCCUUCGUUUCCAACCGUCUAAAGGUGUGCAAUGACCUGAGAGAUAUUUGUGCCCAGGUCAUUGACCUGUGCCUCUACAAGGGAAGCCUGGACAACAUUAGCAUCAUCAUCAUCACCUUUCCUGCUGCCCCGCAGGUGUCACAAGAGGCACUGCAAAAGGAGGCAGAGUUAGAGCAACUGAUUGAUCUCAAAGUGGAAGAGAUCAUCCAGAUAAUUAGGUCUAGAGAUGAGGACCCUGACCUCCUGUAUGUGAUAAAAUUCCUCACCUCAGAGAACAUACCAGGGCUACCACCAGGAGGUGGUGUUACUAGCAAACGCGACUGUAUAAUCUCUGCAUAUCAGAAGCAUAUAAUGCAUCUCAAAGUUCAAGAGCCAAUGGAUAUCGAAGGAUCAGAGGAAGAUUCAAAUUCAAAUUCAAACUGA